UCCUUGUUGGAUUCAAAGAAUUGAUGAGAUCACAGCUGUGAUUAUAUCUGGAGUCUCUAGCUUUACUACCCAUUGAGAACAAUCAAAUACCUCUCAGCUAUAGAAACACUGCCCAGGAGACCUGCCCUAAGGUGUCUGGCUUUUAAUUCACUAGUUGUUUUAUUUUCUUAUGGAAGAAGGCAAUUUCCGGGAGUCCAAAUUAGAGAAGAGUGGAUCUCCCAAAGGAGCUACUCCCAAAAGAAUUAUCCAUUUCGUUGAUGGAGACAUCAUGGAAGAGUAUAGCACAGAGGAGGAGGAAGAGGAAGAAAAAGAGGGACAGAAAACAAAUUCAACACAUGAUCCUUCUACCCUUUCAUGGGGGCCCUAUCUAUGGUUUUGGGCAGGCCAAAUAGCAAGCACCUCAUUGUCUACAUGUGAAUUCCUUGGUGAAAGAUUUGCUACCUUCUUUGGUCUUAAUCAACCCAAAUAUCAGUAUGUGUUGAAUGAGUACUAUAGGACACAAAAUAAGGAAAGUGACAAGGAAAGUGAAGGGAAUGGAUCAAAGGCCCAGCCAGCCAAGGUUCCUAAUGAAAAGUGUCACCUGGAGGUUGGAGGCAAAGAGUACGGAAGCAGAUGA